UCAGCAACACUGUGUCAACAUGGCUGCGCCCGGGUUGUUUAUGUUGCCGGGAAGUGAAACGCGUGAAACGUGUGUGUUAAAAUGAAUGAAUGCGUGCCAUGUGUAUUUCUGCGUUAGUAAAUCAAAAGGGACACGCCGUGCGUAUUUAUGUGUUAGUACAUCAAAGGGUGCGAGUUCAUACGGCGUCAGCGGUUCAUCACUAUGCGCUGAUGUUACUGUCACCUACCUAUUUUGAAGAAAAACAAAAUUGCAAAGUUAUUCACACCACCGCACCUUCGUGCUGUAGUUUGAUCAUAUCGGAGUAAGUUGUUAGUAACGCGGUUAAGGCAAUUGAAAAAUGUCUUCAAGAUAUCUACUGAGGUUCUCAUAUCUUGGGACGAAGUACAGGGGAAUGCAGCGACAAAGUGCCCGUCCGAAUAUAGAAACGUGCACAGUUCAAGGUGUAAUAGAGACUGCACUUCAGCGCCUGAAUCCACUGAGCGAACCCGGGAUCGUAUUGGCAAGCCGAACAGACCGAGGAGUACACGCUAUAGUGAAUGCAGCGCACACAGAUUUAGUACCCAGCAACACUACACAGUCGUUUCAUCCUGAUUUCAUCACCAGUGUUGUCAACUAUUACCUCACAAGAAACGGGCACGACGUAAUAAUCAGGAAAACCGAGCAAGUGCCUGGGUGGUUUCAUUCGCGGCACCUAGCUCAUGAACGCAGCUAUGUAUAUCGAGUUGCUGUACUGAAACCCCAUCUCUUGGAGGAGAGCGCUUUCAAGACCACAUAUCGGAUGUAUCUUCCAAUCGCCGAACUGAACCAAUGCCACGUUAUUCCGCAGCUGAACUUGGACAGAGUUCACGAAGCCAUGGAACUAAUGAGUGGAACCCACGACUUUCGUUCAUUCAAAAACGUCAACCGGACACACGAACAAGAAAUGCGGCCCACCAUUAAGGAGAUCCUCACGUUUCAGCUGCGGCCGUCGCCCCGCAUGAGCAGCUUUCCGGACCCAAACUACGAGAACGUGGAACUGUGGGAGUUCUACAUCAAGUCAAAGUCGUUCCUUUACAGACAGGUUCGACGUAUGGUGAGUGCCGCCCUGUAUGCCAGUUCAGGUACGCACAGCUUAGACAGCAUCCGAGACAUGCUAAGGAAGCCUGAUAAACUAAGCUGGGAUUCGAGGAUUAUCAUCGUGCCACCAUGCGGGUUGUUUCUCUCCGGCAUUGAGUACGAUAAAAAAUAUUUUGACUUGGAUUGUGAGCCACCCGAGGAGAUUUUGUCAUGUUACAAUAGGUUCAAUAAUGCAAAAGAUAACGACGAGAGCGAUGACACUGAAGAAACAGAUCCCACGGAUGAGGACAGUGGGCAAGAGGUAGAGGAAGCAGAGAAAGUGUCACAGCCAGUGCAAACAUAAUUUAUAGAUAGAUAGUAUAAAAGUAAUUUGAAGCUUGAAAAGGUUGCUGCGUGUUACGUUAAAUGAAUGACUUCGCGACAAGUGAAAGUUUAAUGGCUCGACCAUGUGGCAGUAUGUUAUGAAACCUGAAGAGCCUGAAGUUUUCGGGAAGUAUUUUUUUCUAAAUUCGGGAGGUAAAAAUCGGGGGAAUAAAAAUGUGCUCUAAAUUCAUGCGAAUUCGGGUCGAAAAACUUCCAUUAUAUGUUAAAUUUGGGGAGAAAUUGGGCUCUAUUACUCUAACGAACCGCACUCGUUUGAUACAAACAGUGAUGUAAUUUGUGUUUCCUGCUAUACAAGCUAAUGUGCAUUGCUACAGACGUUUCAGUGAGGGCAAUUUACUGGAAAAAAAUCUGGUUUCACCCUAAAGAGGCAACCUUUAAUUCAGGGUGCAAAUUCAGGGAAGAAUCGGGUUAAACCCUAAAACUUCAGGCUCAAAUUAUAUUCGCUGCCUUGUGGUGUUGUAGGUAAGGAGUGGUUUUGUAUUAAUUUUUUGCUUUCAAGUUUUAAAGUAGCACAGAAGUCAUUUUUAA